AUGAUGCCUGAUGCUGAGCUAGCGUUUGAGGAUUUUGGAAAAAUUCCAAUGGCAUUGCCCGCGCUCACUGUUAACGCCUCCAUCUCAGACUCCGAUAUUCCCCCAUUUCGUGGUUUACUUGGCCUAUUUAUCCUCAUUGGUGGCCGGCAGCACAUUACUAGUUUAUCUGAUACAAAUACAGCACCUUCAAAACCAGCAAAUUUACAAAGUAUCCUCAUUUCCACGCCAUCAACGAUCUCGAGUAACUCUAAACUUUCAUUGUUUAAGGAGUCCACUGACAUAGCUGCCUUAGCUAUUAUUGAAGGAGGCCAGGAGAAGAAUAGCACUACCAGAAAUAGAUAUGUUCGAGCUGUCGGUCAACAGAGCCUGGCCUUACCUCUAGACGGAAUGGCAGAACUUUUGUCACGAAAUAUGGAAGAAGAGCUAUUCACUAACCGUCCAUGCUCUCGUUUCGUCUGGAUACCCUGCCUUGAUUGCAUCAACACGAAACUAGAUGUCUGGCAGACUGACUGA